AUGUACCAAGGAAAUUUAAGAUUGAACAAAUUUAGAAGAUUGAUCGUAUCUAUUGCACAUUAUUCAUCAAAACCAACCUCUUCCGAAGUCCUAACAGCCUACCUUGUGCAAUGUAAAGAACCACCUUGGACUUCAUAUUUCGUAAAGUACAGUAGUGUAAAAGACGAUCAAUUUGGAAUGUCAAACUUUAAUUGGAAGGUUGGAAAAUCGAACUAUCAGAUUUUACGAACAGGUUGUUUUCCGUAUAUAAAAUACCAUUGUUCUAAAAAGGAAGCAGAGGAUUUAAAAUCAAGCGACAAAUUUAUGCGAAUCAUCAAAAUUGCUAAUUUGGGUAUUCCAUGUCUUCUCUACGGUAUCGCAGCUACAAUAUUAAUAAAGCAUUCAGAGGUCGUUAGCACUAGAAAGGGGCCUGUAACUAUAUAUUUUUUAUUACCUGAACAUAAAGGAUCACUGUAUUAA